UUUGGCGCCAAAUGUUCCCAUUCCCCGAGCAGGUGACGGGCAAGCUGUAUUCCAGCAGGAAAGAGAAUGCUCGGGCAGAAAACCAUCAAUUCCUUCUUCACUCCCGUCUCCAAGAAGCGGUCUUCCUCGGAGGCUCGGCUGGAGGACAUAAAACCACAGGACGGCGAGACAACUCCUGUCAAAAGGACAAGAAAAGAAGAUGAGGAAAACAGCCCCAAAGUAACCUCUCCUCCACUGAGCCCUGAACAGGUGGACCGCAUUCAGAAGAAUAAAGCAGCUGCGCUACAGAGACUUGCAGCCCGCUAUGUGCCGGAAGGAUUCGGGGAGAGCUGGAAGCAAGAACUGCUUUCGGAGUUCACCAAACCAUACUUUAUGAAGCUGACAAAUUUUGUCUCUGAAGAACGCAAACGAUAUACAGUGUAUCCCCCUCCUCACCAGGUAUUUACCUGGACUCAAAUGUGUGACAUUAGAGAUGUGAAGGUUGUCAUUUUGGGACAGGAUCCUUACCAUGGACCCAACCAGGCUCAUGGAUUGUGCUUUAGUGUUCAGAAGCCUGUACCACCCCCACCCAGCUUGGAAAACAUGUACAAGGAACUUCAAGUAGAUAUUGAGGGUUUUGAGCACCCCAGACAUGGUGAUCUAUCUGGGUGGGCCAAACAAGGAGUUCUCCUUUUAAAUGCGGUGCUGACUGUAAGGGCACAUAAUGCCAAUUCACAUAAAGACAGAGGCUGGGAGCAGUUUACGGACUCGGUGGUUUCUUGGCUGAACAAGAACCUUGAUGGCUUGGUUUUCAUGCUUUGGGGGGCCUAUGCCCAGAAGAAAGGCAUCGGUAUUGACAGGAAGCGCCAUCAUGUACUGCAAACUGUCCAUCCUUCUCCUCUAUCGUCACACCGUGGAUUUUUUGGUUGUCAACACUUCUCUAAAACCAAUGCUUACCUGCAGAGUGUGGGUAAAAAUCCUGUUGACUGGAAGGAUCUGUGACAAACUUAAUACUACCACCAGAGGUAUCAAAGACCCGUAUCACACAAGCAUUAAUCUCAAUAUCAUUCGCAAUGUGAAAGGAAAAAGGGAUAAAACACUGCUGCUACUUGCCAAUGUAACGUUUGGUUAAGCUUACAUUGCGGUUUUCCAAAAA